CUCUCUCUCUCUGUGCAGGAGGGUCACUCAGCGCGCGCAGUCGAGGCGACUCUGACUUUGUCCGGAUUAUUACAAUCAUCUUCUUCUUUCUCAGCAGCAUUAAUCACUUCUCUGAUUAAAAUAAUAAUAAUAAUAAUAAAAAUAAUAAGUCCACAUUUAUUCCAACUUGACGAGUCGGGAUGGACAAUGAGCGCAAGGUGUAGCCUAUUGAAGGCGAAACUGUGGAAACUGCGAUGCCCGAAGAUACUCUGAAAGACACCAUGACGGUCCCCGAGUGUCCUUCUCUCACCGUUAAAGCCAACAACAACAACAAAUACGAUCCACCACCUUCAGUAUCCAUCCCUCUGGUGAACGACGGUCCUCUGACGGCAGCGACGGGCGGCACGGAGCUCUCGUGCUUCCGCUGUACUCUUCCCUUUGGCGUGGUGGUGCUGAUUGCAGGCAUCGUGGUCACAGCCGUCGCCUAUAGUCUUAACUCUCAUGGCUCCACCAUCUCCCACUUCGGCCUGGCACUGCUGUCGGCAGGCGUCGCUCUGCUCGGCCUCAGCGCCGCCUGCUGGAAGCUCCGCAGUGAGAAAAAGAAAGAGGAGCGGAGACGGGAGAGCCAGGCUGCACUAGUCACCAACCACAGGAUCGUCUAAAGACUGGUGGAUGUUUAGAACCUCUUGGAAUUUUCAGAAAUGUGACUGCUGGUCUAGAAAAACUCUGGAAAAGACAGAAGCAGAAACAUCUUCACAUCUUCAGCCUCUUUGGAUUUCUUGCUUAACUUACAACAUCUUCCCAAAGCAACUCACUAAAACCACAAAGGAUUGGAUAUUGGAGUUUCACUAGUGGUCUUUGCCUCAUGUCUUCAGACUAUUCCGAGUGACAGGAAUGUGUGCCUGGUACUCUGGAUAAGUCUGACCUCAAUAAAGGAAUUAUUCGGGUCAGAUUUAUCCAGAGUACCAGGAACAUCAUCCCCUGAUGUCUACAGACUCAGAGAGUCAGGAAAAGGUUCAAAAACCACAGGAGCAUCUUUACCUGGCUGAUGUCUUAGGAUUCAGACAAGCACUCUAUAAAUUCAGUCUUCUUGCUUAAUAUCCAACGUGUUUCCAAUUGCAACUGCACCCUAAGGAAACUCAUAAAACCAGAGGACUCCUUGGACCUUUUGGAUUUCAAACCUUCUGACUUUUCACUAGUGGUCUUUACGUCGUGUCUUCUAUUCCAAGUGUCAGGAAUGGGUUCCCUUAAAAGGGUCAGACUUAUCCAGAGUACCAGAAGCACCUUCCCCUGAUGAUUUUAGAUUUCUCAAAGUGUCUGGAAUAUCUUCUUCCAAUGAUUACAAACCCAAGGCAUCAGGAAAAAGACUCUUGAAAACCACAGGAGCAUCUUCUCACUGAUGUCUUAGGAUUCAAACUCUCCAGAAUCUCCAGACUUACAGCUUCUUACCAGGUGCAACUUCUUCACAAAACCCACAGAACAGUUGGAACUCAGACUCCUCAGUCUUUUUGGAUUUGGAUUUCUCACUUGUCUUCAGACUAGUCAGAGUAUUAGGAAUUGGUUCCCUUAAUGUGGUCAGACUCUCCGGAGUAACAGGAGCAUGUUCCUAUGAUGACUUCAGGCCAGAGAGUCAGGAAAAAGACUCAAAAAUCACAGGAGCAUGAAACAUGAGCCCAAAUUUUCAGAAUUUUUUUUCAUACAUCCUAUACCAUCCUUGCCUGGAUUUUUUAUGCCAAGGGGAAACUAUGAACCCUUGAGGGGAACCAAGCCUUAAAAGGGGGACACACAUCAUCCUCUGGACAAUACUGGAUAAUGGGAUUACACUAGGAACUCAGAGUCUUCAGCUUUGAACUUUUUGCAUUUGGACUUGUUGCUAAUGGACACUGUUUUUAAGGUGAUCAACUCUGAAUAAAGAUUGUGUUCUUUUUCAUUAAAGUAAUCAUGUGCACCAGUGGAGAUUGAUAGGUUCAGCGUAGAUCCUGUAGCCUGCUCAAUGAUCCAUAACAAGCCACAGGAAGAUUACUCAUGACGUUCAGAAAGAAACACCUCAUUUCACUUGGGCUCUGUGCAGCGGAACUGUGUUUUAUCCCUGUUUCCCUGAUGGGCAUGAAAUAUCCAGACAAGAACAAAACCAGCAGGGAAGGGAGGGAGGUGAAGAAGGCAUUUCUGGACAUGCACAGCUGUUUUCAGAUGAUCAGGACUUGAAGGAUGCUGACCUGAAGGUCCCUCAUCACAAACCUUUCUUAAAGUGACUGACUGCCAUCCUUUUUGCUUUGAAGUGGACCUGCAGGAUUUUCAGGAUUUUUAUUUCUUCCUUCCCCCCACUCUUCUUCCCUCUUCUCACCUUCUCUCUCUCUCUUUCUCUCUCUCUCUCUUUCUCUCUUGCUCUCUCGUAUUGCAGAUUGUUUGCAUCUGUUUAGCCAGGCAGCGAGCCAAACUGUGAGCGUCAGGAUGAAGACAAAUAGCUGCACUACAAUCCCAGAGAGAGGAAGAAACACAUUAAUUCACCUCUCCUUCCUCCUCUCUUUCUUUCUUUCUUUCUUUCUUUCUUCCUCUUGUUCUCUUUUUCGCUCCUUCAGAUUGGAUGCCUCUCGCACUUUUUUCAGUAAAAAUACAUGGUACUUAUAAACACUAUCGUAUGAUGGUAUGUAAACUUCAGUACGAGUGACUGAAGGACUUCAUUUGCUACAUUUAUCAUUAAGACUCUAUAACCAUGUGACUUGGGGCACAAAACUAGUGCCCUCCAGAGCCGUAGUGACUCAUAGGACAUGACAAUAACUUAUGAGGAUGAAUAUAACUAUAGAUAACUCAUGCUAUAUGAUAUCAGUAUUGUAUUUGUAACUGUCUUACUGCACUUUGCUGUAUGGAUAUAAACAGUGUUUGGUUGAUGUGGGGUUCCGCUGAACCUCCAAACAGUGUUUAUCUUCUGAACAAUUAAAAAAAAUUAAAUAAAAUUAAUCAGUUGACACGA